CCCUCUUGCUGUGUGUGUGUCUCUCUCUCUUCCUCCGUCCGAAUCAAUCUUAUAAUCCUCGCUCGCUCGCUCGCUCGCUCGCAUCUCUCCGCCAUUUCCAGAGUCUCCAUCGCCGCCCCUCUCUCUCUCUCUCUCUCCUCGCCGCGCCUGUCCCCGUCUCCGCCGUGCUCAGAGCGAGCUCGCCAUUCGCGAGAUCUCGCCGCCGCCCGCAAGAGGAAAACCUCCGCCGGCCGGAAAUGCCCCGCGCCUAGGGUUUUCUCCGAUUCCGCCGAUUCCCCCCCGCCGUCCGAGGAGCCUCCUCCGAUUUCGGCCUCCGCAUUUCGGAGCGGGCCCCUCAGGGAUCGAUCGAUCGAUCGAGCGAGCAUCGGGGGUGGGCGAGAACGCGAUGUCGCAGGGGUACGCAAUCGAGCUCUACUUCGACCCGGCGCUGGAGAACCAGGUGCUCAAGGCCUGGAACGUCCUGGCCCGCCGCCAAAUCAGCACCCAGCUCAUCGAGAUCGAGGCCCGGCCCCACAUCACCCUCCUCUCCUCCCCCUCCCUCGAGCCCCUCAAGCUCGAGGGCGUCGUCCGGGCCUUCGCCGCCCGGCAGGAGCCCGUCCCGCUCUCCUUCUUCGCCGUCGGCAGCUUCCCCGUCGACAACAACGUCCUCUUCCUCGCCCCCAAGGCCAACAUGGCCCUCCUCCAGCUGCACUCCCAGCUGUGCGACGCCAUGCGGAAGGAGGGCGUCGACGUCGGGGAGGAGUUCCGCCCCGAGUCGUGGACCCCGUACUGCACCGUCGCGCAGGACGUGCCGAAGACGCGCAUGGCCGAGGGCUUCUGCGUGUUGCGGGACCUGAAGUUGCCGGUCACCGGGUAUGGGGUGGACAUCGGGUUGGUGGAGUUCCCGCCUGUUAGGGAGGUGUUCUCUUAUGUGCUAGGUAACCCUGUAGAAGGAUGAGAUUUUGAGGAUACUCUGUGAUCAGUUGAUAUGAAGAUUUAAUCCGCGUGUUCCGAUGGGAACACGGUGCAAUUUAUUUCUUAUUGGGUUUCGAACUCAUAUUGAUGGUGGUACUUAGAGAAUCGCCCUCUCUGCAAUUUUCAUGCUUUUGAAGGUUGGUGGCAGCAGCCGAGCGCAUAUAAGUAGCCAUGUUUUGUGAUUAGAGAUUUGUUUGCUUGUGCUGAAGCUGUCAAUGUGACUACAUUAGGUAAUUUGUACAGGCAAAUACUCUCAAUAAAUUCUUGUGUUCUAACUAAUAUCA